CGCAUCUCCUUGGCCCCAACAAGUUACGAGUGAAAACAUGGCGAGGUCCUAUUCAUCAAAUAGCGCGAACGUGAUGAUUGAACGGAUUAACAAUUCUCAAGAAUUGGUCGAAUUAUGCAAAGGAAAGUCCUCCAGUGCAUUGCUGAAGAGAUUGAAGGUCGCUUUGGCCACUGUCCACCCGGUGAUUGCGGACGCUGAUCAGAAAGCAGAUCAUGUCCGAGAAGUAAAACAUUGGCUUACAGGACUCACAGAUGCUUUCUUCCAGGCAGAGGAUGUUCUUGAUGAGUUACUAACAGAGGCUUUGAGAAGAAGAGUAGUAGCUGAAGUGGGAGGAUUCGGAGGACUAUUCCAGAAUCUUAUGGGUGGUAACGAAGCCAACAAGAAUAAGAUAGAACGAAAGAUGGAAAACGUAGUGAGACUGCUGGAACAUCAUGUGAGACACAUAGAAAUUAUUGGAUUAAAAGAAUAUAGCGAGACUCGGGAACCACAGUGGAGGCAAGCGUCACGGUCCAGACCUGAUGAUCUUCCACAAGGCAGAGUGGUUGGGCGAGCAGAAGAUAAAGUAGCAUUACUCAAUUUGCUGCUUUCUGAUGAUGAAACCGGCAUUAGGAGACCAGCUCUGGUUUCCACUGUGGGUAUGCCUGGGGUUGGAAAGACAACCUUGACGCAGAUAGUUUUCAAGGACGACUGUGUGACCAACCACUUUGAUGUUAAAAUGUGGAUUUCUGUUGGGCUAAACUUUAAUGUCUUCACGGUUACAAAAGCCGUUCUGCAGGAGAUCACUUCAAGUGCAGUUAAUACUGAGGAUCUACCUUCACUUCAACUUCAGCUGAAGCAAGAACUAUCAGGGAAGAGAUUUUUACUCGUUCUGGAUGAUAUUUGGUCUGAAAGUAGCACAGAGUGGGAAAGCUUCAAGGUCGCCUUUACUGAUGCAGAGGAAGGAAGCAAGAUUGUUAUAACCACACGAAGUGAAAUUGUCUCCACAGCCGCACAGGCUGACAAAGUCUACCGAGUGAAGCUGAUGACCACUGAAGAAUGCUGGGAGCUGAUCUCUAGAUCUGCUUUUGGAAAUAUCUCAGUCGGUUCUAUCAACCAAGAACUUGAAGGUAUUGGCAAAAGGAUUGCAGAACAAUGUAAGGGCUUACCGUUAACUGCAAGAGCCAUCGCAUCUCAUCUCCGGUCAAAGCCAAAUCCUGACGACUGGUAUGAUGUAUCAAAGAAUUUCUCGACAUACACUAACAGCAUCCUUCCAGUUCUUAAACUGAGCUUUGACACUCUCCCUCCUGUACUCAAGCGAUGUUUUUCCCUCUGCUCAAUAUUCCCCAAGGGUUAUGUUUUCAAAAGAGAGGAGUUGGUGCUUCUAUGGAUGGCAAUAGACCUCUUAUACCAGCCAAGGAGCAACAAAAGAUUAGAAGAGAUUGGUUACGAUUACAUUGAUGAUUUAGUUGGUCGAUCUUUCUUCCUGAGGUUGGACAUCACCAUGAAAAGCUUCGUGAUGCAUGAUCUCAUGAAUGAUUUGGCUAAAGCUACUUCAGGAGAUUUUUGCUUCAGACGGGAAGAUGACAAUAUUGCGGAGGUGCCAAGCAAAGUUCGACAUUUUUCCUUUUCCAGAAGCCAGUGUGAUGCUUCCAUGGCUUUCAAGUCCAUCUCUGGAGCUGAGUUUCUUAGAACCAUUCUUCCCUUCAAUGUUCCAACCGGUCUUGAAUCUCUCCAACUAACAGAGAAAAUUUUGAAUCCAUUGCUCCAGGCAUUGAGCAGCCUGAGAAUUCUCAGCUUGUCUCAUUAUCAGAUAACUCGCUUGCCUAAAUCAUUAAAGGGUUUGAAGCAGUUACGGUAUCUAGAUCUGUCAAGCACCAAAAUAAAAGACCUCCCAGAGUUUGUGUGUACACUCUGUAAUUUGCAGACACUGUUACUAUCAAACUGCCGUUACCUGACUAGCCUGCCAACAAAUAUAGCCGAACUCAUCAACUUGCGCCUCCUCGACCUUGUUGGCACUCCCUUGGUAGAGAUGCCGCUAGGAAUAAGAAAGCUGAGAAGCUUGCAGAAGUUAUCUAAUUUUGUUGUAGGAAGGCUGAGCGGAGCCGGACUGCAUGAGCUCAAAGAACUUUCUGACCUCCGAGGGACUCUUCGCAUCUCUGAGCUACAAAAUGUGGCCUUUGCCUCAGAAGCAAAAGACGCUGGUUUGAAAAGGAAGCAAUUGCUUGAUGGGUUAAUACUGAAGUGGACUGUGAAAGCUUCUAGCUUCGCCCCUGGUAGUCUUAGUACAUUGUCUUGUGACCAGAAAGAGGUCCUGAAGAUGCUAGAACCUAACCCAAACUUGAAAACGUUCUGCAUUGAGUCUUAUCAGGGUUCAGAAUUUCCUAAAUGGUUGGGUGAUUCUUCAUUCAAUAGUAUUGCAUCUGUCACUCUCAGUAGCUGCAACCUCUGCAUAUCACUACCUCCACUGGGGCAGUUGCCUUCACUCAAGUACCUCAGUAUUGAGAAAUUUAACAUUCUGCUGAAGGUUGGUCUAGACUUCUUCUUCGGUGAGAACACCUCUUCUAGCUUUGUACCGUUUCAAUCCUUGCAAACUCUGAAAUUCUAUGCGAUGCCGAGAUGGGAAGAAUGGACUUGUCCAGAACUAGAAGAUGGGAUCUUUCCUUGUCUCCAGAAACUAAUGAUAGAAAAAUGCCCCCGCUUAAUGAAAAAAUUUCCAGAAGGACUCCCUUCUUCAACUGAAGUCGCCAUCUCUGAUUGCCCCCUAAGAGCAGUUGGUGAAGGAGAAGGUUCCUCCCCAGGGAAUAUGAGCAUAAUGGAACCACCACCUUCGCUUGCAGAGAGUCCAACGUUGGAAAAUCCAAGUUCUCAAUCAGAUAUAGGUACAAGUAGUCAGAGUAAUAAUGACACUGAAGUAACUUCAACAUCAAGCAUGUCUUCUUUGCCAAAGAACCAUCCACUAUCAGAAGAGAUGGACCAGUAUAUAACUCAACUUGAAAGCUCGCAUCAGCAUAUUGAAGAACCUGCUGUGAUAUCUGCAAGGUUCUCAGAACUCAUCUCCUCCGCUGAUCUCAGCUCCAUACUGUCACAAUCACCACUUCGUCCAGAUCUCAAAAAUAGAGGCUUUGAUCACCCUGGAAGUAGUAGCAACCAGAGCCAGCAACCUAGAACGCCGGUUGCUCCAAGUGGACAGUCUAGUGACAACGGCAUACCCGUGCCUUCGCAAUCCAAUGAUGAAACAGACAUGGAAUACUUAAAAGUGACAGAUAUCUCUCACCUGAUGGAGCUUCCCCAGAACCUGCAGUCCCUCCACAUCGACACCUGCGACGGCCUAACUUGUUUACCGGAAAGCCUCUCCGAAAGCCAACCAAAUCUCCACGAGCUCCUCAUCAUUGCCUGUCACUCACUAGAAUCCUUCCCUCCAACCACAUUAAAAACCCUAUACAUAAGAGACUGCAAGAAACUCAACUUCCAAGAAACCUUACAGCCAACGCGAAGCUACUCACAGCUAGAGCACCUCUUCAUCGAAACCAGCUGCAGCAACAACCUCAUCACCUUCCCUCUAUCUCUCUUCCCGAAGCUCAAAUCCCUCUCGAUCACAGCCUGCGAAAGCUUCAGAACCUUCUCCAUCCACGCCGGACUCGGAGACGACCGAAUCGCACUCAAAUCCCUAGAAAUCAGAGAUUGCCCAAACCUAACAACCUUCCCACCCGGAGGCCUCCCAACGCCGAAGCUCUCUUCGAUCCUCCUCUCAAACUGCGAGAACCUCCGAGCGUUACCGGAGAAGCUCUUCGGCCUCACGUCUCUCCAAUCGCUCUUCGUAAUCAAAUGCCCAAAGCUCGAGACGAUCCCCGGCGGAGGCUUCCCGAGCAAUCUCCGAACUCUCUGCAUCAACCUAUGCCCCAAGCUGACGCCUCGGAUCGAAUGGGGGUUGCGAGAUUUGGAGAAUCUUCGGAAUCUCGAGAUCGAAGGAGGUAACGAAGACAUCGAAUCGUUUCCCGACGAAGGAUUGCUGCCGAGAGGGAUAUUUUCUCUGAGGAUAAGCCGAUUCGAGAAUCUCAGUACGUUGAAUCGGUUAGGGUUUCGAGAUACGAAGGGCUUGGAGACGAUGGAGAUCGACGGCUGUGAUAAGCUAAGGAUAUCGAUGGAGGAGGAUCUCCCUCCUUCCUUGUCUUGUUUGCGGAUAAGCUCUUGUUCGUUGUUGAGUGAGAAACUUGCUGAGCAAGGAACAGAGUGCGUCUUUAGUAUUCCGUAUGUGGAAAUCGACGGCGAGAUCUUCUCUUGAGGAAAUGUUUUGUAUGUAAAAAAUUAGAUACUAGUGACCUAACU